AUGGAUCCUUCCGGUUCGUUUGGAGCUGAUCAAGCAUCUGGUCAGUCUUUGCAAACAAAGGACAACAUUGAUAUGGAACCUGUUUAUUACAACGCUGCAGCAAAAAUUGUAAUCGGGGUCUUAAAAGAUAUUCCAAAGCCUCUUAACCAACUUCUAACCCCAAAUAGAAACACAGUCCUUCAUAUUCACCUCACUAGCCCAAUUAAAAUAUCAGAAGAUUCAAAAUCAGAAUCUGGUGAGCUUGCUCAAGCAGAGGUCAACAUUGGCAUGAAGGCUGAUUACUACAACGGUGCAGCAAAUGGGAGCAUCGGGGUCUUCAAAGAUAUUCCAGAGCCUCUUGACCAACUACUAACCCCAAAUAGAAACACAGUCCUUCAUAUUUACCUCUCAAGUCUAAAAGAGUCAGAAUCAAAAGACUCAAAAUCAAAAUAUUCAAAAUCAAAAGAUUCAAAACCAGAAGAUUCAGAAUUAUCAACAGCCUUUGUUGAAGAAAUUCUCGAAAUGUGUCCACCACUGCUAUGGCAAGCUAAUGUCAAAGGUGAAACUCCCUUGCAUAUCGCAGCAAGGUAUGGGCAUGCUGCCAUCGUGGAUGUUUUAAUUAAAUGUGCAAGUGCAAGAGCAAUAGAUCCCCAAGAAGACCUCGAAAAUGGGGUUAAUAAUGCCGCGGUCAAAAAGAUGCUGGAGAUGACGAAUAAUGAAAAGGAUACAGCCUUGCAUGAGGCUGUACGCGGUAAUCAUCUUGCGGUAGUGAAAUGGUUGAUUGAAAAGGGCCCGGAUUUUUCAUAUUCUCGUAAUGAUGCUGGUGAGACUCCACUUUACAUCGCUGUCGAGAGAGAUUAUAAAGAUGUGGCGCUUCACAUUUUAGACAAAUGCAAAUCACCCGCUCAUGAUGGUCCCCUUGGUAGAACAACGUUACAUGCUGCAGUAAUCUGGGACAAUGAAGAUCUGUAA